AUGCAUCAUGAAAAAUUGAUAAAACAUGGAACAUUAAUUAAAAGCAAACGUUUUGGUUGGGGAGGAGACAAAAAAAGAAAAAAACGAGAAUCACAACGCGACCAUAUUGUAAACAAUGAAAUUGAUGAGUCAAUCAAUGUCAAUGAACUCAAGGUGAAUAAACUUGCGAUGCUUAAUUUUCUUGAGCUUAAAACUAAACAGCGACGGUUUUAUAUCAAUUCGACCCAACAUUUUGAAUAUCAUUCAAUUAAAGUUAUGCCAAUAUUAAGCCCUAAACAGAUUAUCUUAAAUCUUCGAAAAGUCAUUUUUCAUAUUCAUCCGCCCAUUCGAUUUCAGCCUGCUGCUUGCUUCAUAAAUCACUUAGAGGAUAUCGCCGCAAAAUGCUUUCCGUUAGCUUUGAAAAGGCCUUCAAUAUAA